AUGUGGCUGAUGACUAAGUCACAUGCCAUUGAAGCUCUGUUACAACAGUCGAUUCUCUCCGGCAGGAUAUCCCAAUGGUUGCUACAAUUAUCACAAUACGACUUGAGAAUGGGGACACCUAGGGCAGUGAAAAGUCAGGCUAUAGCAGAUUUAUUAGGGCAGUUUCCAGGAGAGGAAGAAUUCCCGCUGGAUGAUGAAGUUCCAGGGGAAGUAGUUAUGGCAGAGGAGGCCAGGGAACAAUGGGUAAUGAAAUUUGAUGGGUCUUCUACUACCCAUUCCGGAGGGGUGGGUGUAGUUCUGUAUCAUGAAGAAGAUAAGGCAGUGGCACUGUCGUUCAAAUUGGAAUUCCCCUGUUCAAACAAUACGGCGGAAUACGAGGCCUAUCUAACUGGGCUUGCCACAGCUCUUGAAAUGGGAGUCAAACAUUUGAAAGUACUGGGAGACUCCAACUUGGUCGUCUGCCAGGCCAAUGGAAGUUUUUCCUUGAAGAAGCCUAGCCUAGCUCCAUACAGAGCAAUGGCCCAGAAAAUGGAAGAGAAAUUCUCAACCUUUGAGAUAGAACAUGCCCCGAGAAAUGAAAAUCGGUUUGCGGACGCUUUGGCCGCAUUGGGUUCGCAAAUAAUCUUUGAAGGGAGUAGCACUAAUAUAGAAGUUAGCAAGAGGGAAGAAUCUAUCAUUGAGGUGUUGAAGGAAAAGUUCCGGGAGGAACAAGGCGAAGGGGAUUGA